AUGUAUGCAGACGAUGUACAAAUUUAUCUUCAGUCUUCUCUUGAGGGGCUACCUACAGCUGUCUCUGUUAUCAAUAAGGACUUGGAAAUUAUUUGUGACUGGAGCAAGAUGUACGGCCUCACAGUAAAUCCUGCUAAGUCUCAGGCUAUUGUAGUUGGCAGCCAGAAUCUGAUUUCUAGAAUCGAUUGGGUGGAAUUACCGAAGCUAAAAUUCAACGGAACCGUCAUACCAUAUAGCAAGAAUGCAGUCCAAUUAUGGAAUGCGUUGCCACUCAACAUCAAAAAAGCACAAUCACUUAUCUCCUUUAAAAAGUCGCCAAAAAGCAAAGCGUCUGAAGAAGACUGUGAUACAGAGAACUUAAAAUCAGACCCAGAACACUCAGACAAUGGCAAAGAAGGUGGCGCUCUUGAAGCUAAAAUGUCACUCCUCAAUGGCAUCACGGUUAUCGUGGGUUCCAUCAUUGGGAGUGGUAUUUUUGUGUCGCCCACUGGUGUCCUGAAGUACACAGGAUCGGUGAACGCUAGUCUUAUCGUGUGGGUGGCGUCAGGAGUUUUUAGUAUGGUCGGCGCUUAUUGCUAUGCGGAACUGGGCACCAUGAUUCGACUAAGCGGAGCUGACUACGCGUACAUCAUGGAAACUUUUGGACCCUUCGCCGCCUUCAUUCGUCUCUGGAUUGAGUGUAUGAUCGUCAGGCCUUGUUCUCAGGCGAUCGUGGCGUUAACCUUCAGUGUAUACGUGCUGAAGCCCAUAUUCCCUGAAUGUGAUCCACCAGAAGACGCGACCAGGUUAUUAGCAGCAUGUUGUAUCCUUUUACUUACUUUCGUUAACUGCUGGUCCGUACGAGCAGCUACCCUCGUCCAGGACUGGUUCACGUACGCAAAGCUACUGGCCCUAUUCAUCAUCAUUGCUGCUGGCAUCUACCAGCUAUGUAGAGGUAAAGUUGAACAUUUCACGUUUGAGGGUACGACAAACGAUGUAACUUCAAUAGCGCUGUCCUUUUACUCUGGCCUCUUCGCUUACAACGGAUGGAAUUACUUGAACUUCAUCAUCGAAGAGUUAAAGGAUCCAGUUCGAAAUCUACCUCGAGCCAUUGCCAUAUCUUGCACUCUGGUCACCAUUGUCUAUACUUUAACGAACGUCGCCUUCUAUACCACGCUCUCUCCCACUGAGGUAUUAGGGUCAGCAGCAGUUGCAGUGACAUUCGCAGAGCGUCUCUUCGGUUGGUUCGCUCUCUCCAUACCACUAUUCGUGGCGGCUUCUACAUUUGGAGCUGUUAAUGGCGUUUUACUCACAUCAUCGAGGCUGUUCUACGCGGGCGCGGCGCAGGGCCAGCUGCCGGCCGCGCUCACCAUGGUGUCGCCGCGCGCCACGCCCGCGCCCGCCGUGCUGGCCGUGGCGCUGCUGUCGCUGCUCUACCUCACCGUAUCCGACAUCUAUGCGCUCAUCAACUACGUCGGCUUCGCCACCUGGCUAAGCAUAGGAGCAGCGGUACUGUGCCUGCCGGUGCUCCGGUAUACUCAGCCUAAUCUCGAGCGACCGAUAAAAGUCAAUUUGUUCUUCCCUGUGAUCUACAUCAUCUGCACCAUCCUGGUGGUCGCGUUCCCCGCCGUGGCGUCCCCCGCCGAGACUGGCGUGGGCUGCCUGAUGAUACUCACCGCUGUGCCCGUCUAUUUACUGCUGCUGGAGCCGCGGACGAGGCUCAGCGGCCUCGGGCCUGUCACUGAUGCUGCAACACGCCUAAUGCAAAAGCUAACACUGUCCGUUCGACCAAAAACUAAGUAAACAACACGCGGAGAACCAACGGAUUAUGCCCGCGACAUAUCCAAGACGAAAAUUUAUGCAGUAUUUAAUUUAGGUGUUAAAUCAUGUUAGAAACAUUUUUGUAUGUCUAAUACUCAUUUUAAAAGAUAUAUACAAAUGUGUAUUAUGUGUGCUAAAAUCAAUAUAGGCGUGCUUUUAUUAGAGUUUAGAAAUUACAGUAAAUAUUAAGUGAUUUUUUACGUGAUAACGUCUAAUAAAUCGAUGAACACCGACUGCACGUACGAAUA